AUGAGUAGGGCAGCAGGGCCGGAUGACAUUCCACCAGAGGUGCUCAAGAACUAUGACCUUGACGCCAUAGUGUUGGAGAUGUGUUGCAUGGCCCUAAUGGAUAAUCAGAAGCCGUUACAGUGGUCGCUCUACAAGAUCAUACCAGUGCCCAAGGCUGGUAACCUCUCAUACCCUGACAACUACGGAGGUAUCAGUUUCUCAUGCAUCAUUGCAAAAAUAGUCAUGUACGCCAACACACUGGCUAAGGCGGUUACUCCGGAUGGUGAGACUGACUUAUUUUACACCACAGCAGGAGUGCUCAAAGGCAACACCCUAGAACCCUUCAUCUUUAACAAUGUUCUCGACCAUGCCUUGGGUAGAGCCAUCAAUGGGAGGGAGACCGACCUCAGAUUCACUGUCACUCCGAGAAGAUCGAAAAGGCAACCAGCGGUCACAGAAACGGAUCUCGACUUUGCUGAUGACAUCGCGUUGAUGUCUGAUCAAGUCGAGCAGGCGCAAGUACUCCUAUACCUUGUAGAAGCAGAGUGCUUGAAGGUAGGGCUCAGGCUUAACACAAAGAAAACUGAGUGUUCCAUCUACAACACGCCCGAACACAUCCCACUGAAGACGCUGAAGGGUAGAGAGCUGAAUGAGGUCCCUGACUUUAAGUACCUGGGCGCGUGGAUCAACUCUAGUGACCAGGACAUCAAUAUCAGGAAUGUCAUGGAGGGCACUGGCUGA